AUGCACGGAUUGACCGAGCACAUUUUCCAAGCCAUCUUUCAACAUUGGCUGGCUGCGUCAUUGACGGUGCUGUUUCUAUAUUUGAUCAAGAACAGAUACUAUAAUGGUCUUGCCAAAUAUCCAGGCCCCCUAGUUGCAUCAGUAACAGAUUGGUGGCGAUUCUUCGACGUUUAUGGGAGAAGGCCUGAAAUCACACACCGUCUCCUUCACAAGAAGUACGGAGAUGUCGUUCGUUUAGGUCCAAAUUCUCUAUCCUUCGCUGAUCCCCAGGCAUUGAAGACAAUCUAUGGACUGAACAAAGGGUUCAUCAAGUCUGACUUUUAUAUUGUUCAACAAUCAAUUGCCAAGGGCCAUCGUCUACAAUCUCUCUUCAGCUCUACUGACAAUGAUUUCCACAGCCAAUUCCGUCGGUGUGUGAGCUCCGCUUUCGCAAUGUCAGCACUUGUUCAGUAUGAACCGUUCGUGGAUAAUACGACGAAGCUUUUCUUGCAACAGACAAACGAUAUCUAUGUCAAUAACCCCAACGGAUGUGACUUUCCGAGGUGGCUACAAUUCUACGCAUUUGAUACCAUCGGAGAAAUCACGUACAGCAAGAGGCAUGGGUUCAUAGAAAAGAAUGAAGAUAUUGAGGGUAUUGUUGCGUAUCUAUCCUCACUUUUCCUCUAUGUCGCGCCAAUCGGGCAGAUUCCUUUCUUGGACCUCCUUUUACUCAAAAAUCCCAUUUAUCUCAAGCUUUCCCAGUGGGGAAUUGUUGAUUCCACAUUUGCGGUUGCACGAUUUGCUGGAAAUAGAAUGGCUGAAAGAUUACCAGAAUUGGCAAAGGGAAAGUCUGCCUCAGAACUAGGCGUCAAAUCACCUGAUCUACUAUCGAAAUUCUUAGCAGCAAACGAAGCCCAUCCUGAGUUCAUGAGCCAGACGUUGGUCCAGACUAUGGCCGUGAGUAUGGCCUUUGCCGGAUCGGAGACCACGGCCAUCAGCCUGUCAGCCGUAUUUUACUUCUUACUCAAGCACCCGGCAGCUCUUGAAUGCCUUCGGGCUGAAAUUGAUGAAGCAGCACGUGCUGGAGUCUUUGCAGACUACGAAACGGGACUUGUCACUUGGCACGAAAGCCAGGGCCUCCCUUAUUUAGAUGCGUGUAUCAAGGAAGCAUUUCGGCUACAUCCGGCUGCUGGUCUCCCGCUUGAGCGCGUUGUUCCGGAGGAUGGCUGUGAAAUCGCCGGACAUUUUGUUCCUGGCGGUACCGUUGUUGGUUGUUCGGCAUGGAUCAUCCACAUGAACAAAAACAUAUUCGGGGAAGACUCCGAAGCAUAUCGGCCUGAACGCUGGCUUCCAGACGAAAACAUUACUAAGACUGAAAGUGGUAAAGGGAUCGAAGAUCGAAGAAUUAAAGAGAUGAACGGAACGAUGUUCCAGUUUGGAAUGGGAAGCAGAACGUGCAUUGGUAAAAACAUCAGCUUGCUCGAGAUAUACAAACUUGUUCCCAGCAUGUUGAGGCGAUUCGAGAUCCGGCUUAAGGAUCCAAGCCAAGAAUGGAAACUGAUAAAUGCAUGGUUUGUGAAGCAAGCGAAUUUUGAGACAGUGUUUAAAUCACGGGAUAUUGUCAAGCCUAGAAUCCCGAUCAAUAACCAAGCUUGA